UCCUGGUGACAGCAGCAGCUGUUCAGCACACACACACACACACCCACCCACCCACCCACACACACACACUCAGACCUGGAAGGGACCUGGACGGACCUGGACCUCUGACAAAGACCUAAACAUGUGGAGCUCCUGAAAGUCCUCCUUCAGACCGGGACUCAGUGUUUGUUUGAGUUCAGGAGGAAGUCUGUCUCACCUGAGAGGGUCUUCAUGUCUCCUCUGCAGCUCUCCGUCUACUGGAGGCUCUCCCUCAUCUUCAUCUUCUCCCCCUUCCUCUUCUUCCUGGACAUCUUCACCGCCGCCAUCACCAGGGCCUCUUGUCACCAUGGAAACGACACCGGCUUGGACGCUGAGACCAACCAAUCACAGGCGGGGGAGCCCACAGAGGGAGACGCUGAUUGGUGGACAGAAAGCGGGACCAGAAACUCAGUGUGUGGUUGGGCAGACCUGCUGUCCUUUGGUCAGACUCUCUUCAUGGUCGGUCUGCUGCUGGGAUCUCUGGUGGGCGGAGCCAUAUCUGACCGGUACGGGAAGCGUCCGGUGCUGCUGGUGUGCGUGUGCAUGCACGCCAUCUGUGGCCUCGUGCCCGCCGUCCUUCCUCAGCCCAUCCUCUUCCUCGUCGUUCGCUGCCUGACGGGCGUCUGCUGCUGCUGCAUCAACAUCUGCUCCUUCAGUCUGGCAGUGGAGUGGACCCUCCCUGCAGCUCGCCUCUGGCCCCCGGCCUUCCUGCCGUUCUGCUUUAGCCUGGGGACGAUGGCUGGAGCUCCUCUGGCCUGGUUCAGCCCCUCCUGGACACAGCUGCACCUCUCUCUGGCUUUGCCUCAAAUCCUCUGUCUGCCACUCUACCUAGCCAUCCCUGAGUCUCCUCGCUGGCUGUUGAUGAAGAGGAGGACGGAGGUUCUGGAGCGUUAUCGAACCAACAGCCCUGAAGACCAGCAGUGUCUGGACCUGCUCUUGGACUCGGCCUGGUCCGACCUGCAGAAAGCCACAGAGGCUCAAAAGGAGCGACCACCUGAAGGCCACACCCCCAGUGACAUCAUCCACCUGAGACACCCGACCAUCCUGCUGCGGCUGUUCAUCAUGAGCUACCUGAGUGCAGUUACGGCGCUGACCUACUUUGGCAUCUGCAUGAACAUCGGUUCGUUUGGAGUCGGUGUUUACUCCGCCCAGUUCUUCUCCGGCCUAUCAGAAGCUCCCUGCCUCCUCGUCCCAUUGGUCCACCUGGGCCGUCGGCCAAUCAGCAUGCUCGCCUUGUUCCUGAGUGGGUCGGCCUGCUUCCUGUCGUUACUGAUGUCCAGAUACAACUGUGAGCCGGUCCUGGUGAUGAGUCUGGCUCUGCUGGGGAAACUCUGCAUCCUGGCUGCUAACUUCAUCUCAGUGCUGUACAGCAUCGAGCUGUUUCCCACUGUGGUCAGACAGCGGUGUGUGUCCCUCGUCAACCUGUGCUUCCGGAUCGGUUGCCUUGUCAACUCCCUCGUCCCCCCGACCUCAAACGGAGCGAUCUCAUUGGCUGCCAUGGUGGCGUACAGCAGCGGACCAAUCGUAGGAUGCGGGCUGUGCCUGCUCCUGCCAGAGACCAGCGGCGUCUCACUUCCUGACACGGUGGAGGACUGCAGCAAGCAACCUAAGCCUCGCCUACCCAACGUUGGUGCCCUCUGGAGGACACGGAAGCUGGUGUGCAGCCAAAGCAGGGAGACGGAGACGCUCCCUGCAGAGAAGGACGGCGUGCACGCAGGACUGAUAUGAGCACAGUUUGACCUGAAGUGACCUUUUGUAUUAUUGUUGUUUGGUUCCGAUUUUAAAAUAAAGACCAAAGAGACCCGAGGGGUCACAAUGACCCGUCACUAAGGAGGAGGAGAAGAAGAAGAGGAGUGAUGUCACGUGAUUGAUGUUUUUUUUUUCCACAUGUUGUUUUUGUCACAUUGUUUUCGUCUCUGUGAAAAUA